CCCGCCCCCUGUGCAGUGACAGUAGCUGCUCUGUACCGGCAGCUGCUGCGGGAUCAUGGCGCCGUCUCACGUCUUGCGCUGCUGCCAGCGGGUGGUGGGCUGGAUCCCGGUGGUGUUCAUCACGCUGGUCCUGUGCUGGUCGUACUACGCGUACGUGGUAGAGCUGUGUGUCGUCACAAUAAAUUCGAACACUGAAAAAGUUAUCUACCUGGUGUUUUUUCACAUGUUUUUUAUAAUGUUUGUGUGGUCCUACUGGAAGACUAUAUUUUCCUGUCCAGCUAAUCCAUCCAAAGAGUUCUGUUUGUCCAAGUCUGACAAGGAAUUGUACGAGAAGGAGGAGAGGCAAGAAUUCCAGCGGGAAAUCCUCAAAAGAGCUGCCAAGGACUUGCCAAUCUAUACCAUGACGGCUACGAAAGCAAUCCGAUACUGUGAGAGAUGCCAGCUGAUUAAACCCGACCGUGGCCACCACUGUUCAGCCUGCGAUGUAUGCGUGCUGAAGAUGGAUCAUCACUGCCCCUGGGUGAAUAACUGCGUGGGAUUUUCCAAUUACAAAUUCUUCCUGCUGUUUUUAAUGUACUCCUUGCUGUACUUGUUCAUUGCUGGAACGGUUCUACAAUAUUUCAUCCGAUUUGGACGCUGCACAGUUUGCACCAGUCGUGUGUUCACUCCUGUGCAGACACAGAAUGAGCUGGCUGACGCCAGAGCCAAGUUCCACAUCCUCUUCCUGUUCUUCGUGUCGGCCAUGUUCUUCAUCAGUAUCUUGUCGUUAUUUAGCUAUCACUGCUGGCUUGUGGGGAAGAACCGAUCAACUAUAGAGGCUUUCCGGGCUCCCUCUUUUCGAACGGGUCCUGAAAAAGAUGGCUUUUCCCUUGGCUGCAGCAAGAAUUUUCUACAAGUCUUUGGAGAUGAAAAGAAAUAUUGGCUAAUACCUAUAUUUACCAGCCUGGGAGAUGGAUGUGCUUUCCCAACUCGCCUUGUGUUUGGUGAUCCAGAGCCGAACGUGUCCGCUCUCCAGAGCGAUUCUUCCAAAAAUGCUGACCCAAGUCAAACGUUUUCAACCAGACCACUCAGCGAGUCCCAAAACAGACUGCUUGGAAGUGACAGCCAGUGGGUGGAUGGAGGAGAUGAGCACACACAAAAAGUUGAGAAAAACCAUGUAACCAUCUUAAUGGAGAGCUGAUCCCAAAUACAGCUGCUCAGCAGAACGAGGAAUGAGGUAAUGCGCCGCGCAGGAUGAGCCCACAGUAUCAUAUCAAUAAGGAAGAUUCAUGGAUCACACUGGAUCUUCUGGAGCCUGCAAAGUCUCUGUGCACAACAGCGAACAUCUCCGCAGAAAGGACAACCAUUGCCUUAAUCUCCUCCCAGUGCAUUAAUGCAGCAUACCCACAGUUUUCCGCUCGUACUUUUAUAUACAUAGCAACUUUUUACAUAAGUCUAAUGUUUAGCCUGCCUCCGACUUUUAUACCGCGCAAUAAUUUCCCUAGACGUCUACAACUCUGAAGCAAGUAUUGUCAGGACUUUCAUACAGGUGCUGAACAUAAUAAUAAUAAUAAUAAAAAAACAGGAUGACCUUGGUGGGCAAAUAAAACUACAACCCCCAGCAUCUUAGGACAUGCUAUGGGUAUUAGGUUACCUGCUGCUGCUCUUCAGUUUCAUUGGAGGAUCUCCUCUCCUGUUCCAGCAUCUUCUAGUAUUGACUGGACUUCUGAGAAGCUUCUCGAUCUCACGGGAACAGUCAGGGCGGCCAAAGGCGAUGAUUUCCACCAUCAGCACACCCCACCGUAACGGUUUUUCAUGUAUUCACUCCUUUUCUGCCAGCAAACAGCAUUUUUUUUUAUUAUACUUUAUAUGGUGAUAGACAUGUCUACUGGAACCCGAAGAAUGACCUUCCUUGUACGUUCCUUCCAAAAAACGAUACGGAGGAGAAAAGCACAGGCCAAAAGUAUCCCAACUACAGACUGAAUGUCGUGUGAAAAUACUGUAUAAUAAGCUGAUCGCGUCCUGCCGAUUCAACCUACUUAGGUACCAUGGAGACAUUUUGUACCAGCAGCGUCUAUUUAUACUGCUUUUUAUAACCUUUUUUAUGAAGACGAUGAUGACACAAGGUUGUUAGAUAAGAAGUCGCUCCUUUGUCGUUAAUUUUUCUUUUCUAGUCUUUGCUGGAUAUUAGCAUGUUAGAGAUUUCUGUUCCAGUGUUAGGCCUCAUGCACACAAACGUAUUUUCAGUCCGUGUUUUUUGCGGAUCGUAAUUGUGGAACCAUUCAUUUCAAUGGGUCCGCAAAAAAAAACGGAAGGUACUCC